CUUGACAGCUCUUCACCCAAGAGCAACAAACUGCCACAACAAAAAGCAACAAACCAGCCUUCUAGACAGUCUAUCGCCCUCGGGACGGAGCUGAUACGCCCUGUACAUACAGAUCGCCUAUACCUCGCACUUCCCGCGCCCUUUCCUGGCUUCUGGCUAUUCAGGAAGCCCGCGGGAGUGUCUCACCGAUCGCUAUCUGUCCUAUCGCCCACAUUGCGACACUUCAAAUCGUAGGGCAUAUUGUCCUGAAGUGCUUGCCAGAAAACAAACACCGGUAGAGCCAGAUCGCUAUUUGAAUGCCCCCUUCACUAGACCAAGACAACACCAACACGUCGAACCAUACCCCGCAGCUUAAUAAGUCGACUCAGAAGGCCUCAUCAGCUGGAGUUCAGAUCCCCACGAAAAACGGGAGAAAGAAUGGGACGGCGAAGGACAACGGUGAUUGUGGCGUUGUGGCAGCGGUGACAAAAAAUGCCUCCAAGAUGUCGAAUAACAGGUCAUCGAACCUCCCGUGUCGGUUCCAAGGGUCAGAGGUGAAGCCAGUUGCUUCUGCCUCAAAUGGAAACCCGGUGACAUCUCCUUUGCUGAACGCAUUAUCUGCGGCCCCGACUCCAUCCGCUUCUCAGAACACGACUGAAUGGGCAAAGAAUGUCCCCGCAUUUUCUAGCUCGCCGAAUAACCUGAUCCAACUUGGAGAGUCCCCCCCAACGCUGCCAUCGUCCUAUGAAGAUAGGCUUGCCCACUUCGGAUGGACUACAAGAGAGCAACGAGGAAUACCUCUCCAGAAUGGGUACUCAACGUCAACUUCUCCUCCAAAUCGCCGAAGACCCACAAGUUAUCAUUUGGACGGUAAUUACUCGCAUGGUGCUGACGAUCAUCACUCUCAAGUCUCAUCUUAUGCUGCUCGUAGAAGCUCGAUGUACUCGCAGUAUUCCCGUUACGGUCCGCAGCCCCCACUUCCGCACCAAGCCCAAGCACAUUUCUAUGGAGCACCAGAUGUCAACCUCCUGCUUUCCCACACUGCGCCUGGUCUUGUUCCUGGUGAUAAUGGAUAUUACUGUGGCUUCGAUAGCUUGCCAAUUUCUUCUCAGGACUCUCCAAAAACUGUCGAUAAUGUCGUUGUAGCUGGAUAUGAUCGUGGACUUGACGUAUAUGCUGUAAGCAGGAGAGGGUUGAAUAGGAUCGUCAGGAUCGACGGGCUCCGUGGCGGAGUGUACAAUGCAAAGAUACUCUCAUGGAAUCUCCGAGGCAGCAAUUCCCAACAUUUUCCCUUAAUAGCUGUUGUUGUCCAUGGCGCGGUCUGGACAUCUAGUGAUGCCUCGAGUGGAGAGUUCCCUGUACCUCCGUCGGAAGGAAUCUCAGCGACUCAACCUGAAAGUGUUCGAGGACCAUCGAGAGUUCACACCCCUUCAACUCACGAAAACGAUACCUCGACUGAAUAUUACCAAACUACAGUAGAGGUCUACUCAUUGAGUACCAAGGAACAUGUGGCAACGCUUCUAUCUCUACCGAAAACACACGUCACUAUCCCCACGACGAGCCCGCUAUUCAGAGCACCAGCUCCGGUUGGGUCAUUGUCUAUCCUUGCAGACAGUGGUAAUCUCGUGAUUGCGUCUGGUACGACUGGGGAGACCUGGAUGUUCCGACAAGAAGGGGCUGACACUGCCUUGCCAACGUUCAAAUGUGUCGGGAAGGUUUGGACUACCGUACAACAUGGACUUACGGUUGACUCAACCGAUCUCCAUGGACUCGCAGAUGGCGACUGGCGCCAUAGCGACCCGCCCUCCAGACGACAGCAGUACAAGGCUCCGAUCAUAUCUCUGAAUGGCCGAUGGCUAGCAUAUUGUCCAUCUACACCUUCAUCGCAGAUCUCUCUUCGGGCAGCAGUCCCUAUUGUUUCUCCUACCGCGAGAAUACCCGGCCUGAAUGGACAAGCUCCGCCUCAGCUACCACCCGUAAAUUGUUUGGUGGAGACGCCAGGCGGAGAAAGCAUGAUGAAGCAACUGGCGCAAGCAGCGACCCAAGAAGUUAUUAAAGGUGCGGCAUACCUUGGGAAACAAGGAGUGCAGGCCUGGAACAAUUACUGGAACAAAUCACCACCUCACCAACCUACUAAUGGCGGCAUGCAAUAUCAGACUCAUCAAAAUAUGGCUCAUCAAUUUCCUCCAACUCAUGGAGUACCAAACCAGGCGCCCCCAAUUAAUAAGGACCCUGGACUGAUAUCUAUCAUCGAUCUGGAUUCCCUAGUACAACACAACUCCUUCACUGGGGGGUUACCGCAUCCCUUGGCCACAUUCAAAGUCCCCCAUGGGUGUAGCUUCCUUUCUUUUGCUCCCAGUGGCCUGGCUUUGUUCACAGCAAGUAGUAAAGGUGAUGUGCAAUUUGUCUGGGAUCUGAUGCGAAUCCAGUAUUCCAAGUCCUCAUUUCUUAAAGGGGGGGGCCAAGGCAGUGAAACCCAUGGCCCCCAUGUUAGACAAAUUGCUUACUUCUCGCGAAUGACAAUCGCGAGGAUUGUGGACGUUGCCUGGACUUCUCCACAUGGUGAGCGCGCUGCAAUGGUGACGGAGCCUGGCACAGUCCAUAUCCUCGAUCUUCCAGCUAGUGCCUUUACGUGGCCACCACCCCGCCGAAAAGUUCCCAGCCGUAAGCCCGAUGAAGACACUGGUGGUUCGCCACUCUCUGCUGCUGGUGUGGCUUCAAACGCUGUCAAUUCUCUGUGGACUGCUGCUCGACCUCUGGUAAGUCGGAGGCGUCGAAGCAGUACAGGAAUUUCGGCUUUAUCAGCAGCCAGUGUAUCGUCUCAAGCAGGCCAUGGAACUCAUGCAUUGGCUGCGGGAAUCAGUAGGUCAGUCGGGGCUGCAACGGGAAGGAUGAAUGAGAUGCGAAAAUCUGGCAGCCCUAAAUUGCAUCUACCUCGAAGUGCAGUGACACCAAGUAGAGCCUGCAUUAGGCUGCUCAACGGGAAACGCAGUGACUCGGUUCUUGUUGUUGCUAGUGGAAUUGUUGGAUUGUAUACAGUCAAGAGCAGACGAGCUGAUCGGCCGGCGGAUAAGCAGAAAGCAUCUAGGGGUGCCAAGUAUGUUGAGUUCAGGCUCCCAUAUCUUCCCGACUUUAAUAUUGCUCCCGAGGAUAUCCACGAAGCCGCUCAAGGCGUCGACCUCGAAUUCAUUGAGCGGGACUUGGACCCUCUCUCAACAAGAUUUGGGCGAUCAAAACCACCAACAGCUCGACCUCAGGGUGUCGAAUCCUCAAUCCCUCAGGCAGAGAUUGAGUCUAAUGCUCCGUACCAGCCUUUCCACACUGAUCGACGGGUUUCCCUGCACGUAUACUCUCAUGAAGAGGCUCCAAUCUCAUCACCGUCCGUAUCAGCUCUGUUAUCUCCCACUGGAGCGAGGGACGACAUACCCUCGAGACUAGUUACCAAGUCCAAAAUCCCCUGGUCUUUCGGUGGUGAAAUCAAAUCUGUCAAGCUUGAUGUAGGGCCGGCUCAAGACACUGAAGAUUCGUUCUAUGCGCCGUCUGAUCAUCGUGCGCUUCCAUCAUCGGCAAUUGAGCGUAUCAUGAGAGUCACAGAUCACACCAAUGAUAUGGAUCAGAUUGUAGUCACGACCAGAUUAAGAAAGAGUGGCCGCUCAGGCAGCGGUAAUGCUGGGGAUGAUGAUGAAGAGGGUUUCUUUGAAGACGAUUGCGAGGUUUUGGACUUUGCCAGUCAGAGGGUUUGAUCUACGUUUUGUUAUUUGUUAUGCGUUGGGUUUGCUCUCUCUUCAUAUUACCCUUCUACACAGAAAGAAGUAUUGGAGUAUAGAAGGAUGGCGACUUGGUGCAUCUUGACAGUGUUCUCUCCUUUAUUAACUCAUAUGGCAAGGCCACCUAAGAGGUUCACAGCUGCGAUACUCGUGCUGUCGAGAGACAGGUAUGCUGACUGCAUACGCCGCCAUUUUGCUGGCGUUUUGGAUUGGAUGGAGCGUGGAUGGAUGGCAUUGACGAGGCGAGAUCAUUUGAGAUACCAUGAAUAGACAUAUAUACCUAAACAUACAUACAAUUUGACAGCGACAAUAAGCAGCG